GGCCACGCCCCCGCACCCGUCCGGAGCGCACGGACUAGGAGGCUUAGACCCGGCUCCAGACGCGCGGUCUAGGCGCUGAGGCCAUGCCUGGCGGCGCCGUAGUGACUGUCCUGCGACCCGCGCAGCUCCGGUAGACCAAGCCCCGGGCCCGGCUGGCCCGGCCAUGCAGCUGGAGACGCAGGACGCGCUGUACGUGGCACUGGAACUGGUCAUCGCCGCUCUGGCGGUGGCGGGCAACGUGCUGGUGUGCGCCGCGGUGGGCGCCUCGAGUGCUUUGCAGACUCCCACCAACUACUUCUUGGUGUCUCUGGCGGCGGCCGACGUGGCCGUGGGACUCUUCGCCAUCCCCUUCGCCAUCACCAUCAGCCUGGGUUUCUGCACGGACUUCUACAGCUGCCUCUUCCUCGCCAGCUUCGUGCUGGUGCUCACACAGAGCUCCAUCUUCAGUCUCUUGGCCGUGGCAGUCGACAGGUAUCUGGCCAUUCUCGUCCCGCUCAGGUAUAAAAGUUUGGUCACUGGGACCCGAGCAAGAGGGAUCAUUGCUGUCCUCUGGGUCCUUGCCUUUGGCAUUGGAUUGACUCCGUUCCUGGGUUGGAAUAGUAAAGACAGUGUCACCAGCAACUGCACAGAACUUGGAGAUGGAACCAUGAAUAAGAGCUGCUGUCCUGUGAGGUGUCUCUUUGAGAAUGUGGUCCCCAUGAGCUACAUGGUGUAUUUCAAUUUCUUCGGGUGUGUCCUUCCUCCACUGCUCAUAAUGUUGGUGAUCUACAUCAAAAUCUUCAUGGUGGCCUGUGAGCAGCUUCAGCGCAUGGAACCGAUGGACCACUCCAGGACCACUCUGCAGCGAGAGAUCCAUGCCGCCAAGUCACUGGCUAUGAUUGUAGGCAUUUUCGCGCUGUGCUGGCUGCCAGUGCAUGCCAUCAACUGUGUUACUCUUUUCCAUCCAGCUCUUGCCAGCGCUAAGCCCAAGUGGAUGAUGAAUGUUGCCAUCCUCCUGUCACAUGCCAACUCAGUUGUCAAUCCCAUUGUAUAUGCCUACAGGAACCGAGACUUCCGCCACACUUUCCACAGAAUCAUCUCCAGUUACGUUCUCUGCCAGACAGAUACCAAAGGUGGGAGUGGGCAGGCCGGGGCACAGUCUGCUCUUAGUCUGGGCUUAUGACCCAGGCUCUGGCCUUUUGGAGAAGAAGGCUUAAAAUAAACAACGGGACUCAACACAACUGGCUGGUUCUCACUGUGAAAGACAGCUCCACCUCCCAAGCAGAUGAGUUGCUUCUUCUGAGUACUUACCUGGAGUUACCCAAGUCUAGCUAAGAUGCAUAUGCAAUCGGUAGCCUCCAAGGUUAACAAAUACAUGUGUGGAUCUACUCAGCUGCUCUGCUGUGUGGGUGAUGGCAGUGGUCUGAAUUGAUUCCCAAAGACAUUUUUAUUUCUAAGAAUCUGCCUCAUUCAUGGUAGAAAAAUGACUGAAGCUUACCUUACUGUGAAACAUUGUGAACUAUUAAAUAAAAGUAUUUUUCACUUAUAGCAAUGGGA